UUAGUUCCCAACCAUCACUGCUGCGCUCUCGGAAUUUGUAUGAAUGGAGCUAUAGGUUGAAGAGUAGCCCACCGUUGCUCAGAACUGUGGACCAGUAAUGCUUUGGGUUUAAGAUUCAACCUCUACCGUUUUGAUUUAAAGUCAAGGAAGGUAUUUUUCUUCUUGAACUUGUAUCUGUCUACAAAAAAAUAACUUUCCUCAACCACCAGAUAAACUGCGUCGCUGAGAAGUGACCCCCAGUCGCUGGAACACUGAGAUGAACUCGCUUUAAUUUCGACAAAUAGGCUACAUAAACAACUUUGGAUAUUUGUGCGCAAUUUUUAAAAUUGCGUUUAACUCUUUUGCUUUAACUAGUACGCUUGUUCCAGACUGCGAAAACUACUCUAAAGAACAGCGGGGCGCGUCAUUGUGCGGUGUCCAGAGCCAAAACUUAAGCCUACUCAUAGAAACGGAGGGGUUGGAUUCCGAGUUGAUCCUUCUCUUCUCCAAAGGGGUUCUGUUGUACCCAGGAAAUUUUACGUCCGAGAUGCAUUGGAAGAAUAUUGCGCUGCGAGUUUGGACUCUCAUCGUACUCGUAAAGGUCACGUUGGGGGAUACCUGUGCCAGUGGCCGGUUCACAGAUUCGGGGGAUUGCUGUAAGCUGUGCCCAGCAGGGCAUGGCGUGGCAGUGGGAUGCGGGCAUGAAAACACACAGUGCCAGCCUUGCCAGAAGGGACUGACCUUUUCUGCCUCCGAAGGCCUCUCCCCGUGCCGGCCCUGCGCCCGCUGUCCCCUCGGCAUUCCCGAAAAGGCGGCCUGCGGCGCGUCCCAGGACACGCGGUGCGACUGCGGGGAGGGCUUCUACCUGUGGCGCGAGGAGAACAGCACGGCGGGGCUCUGCGCCCCCUGCUCCCUCUGCGGGCCGGGCCAGGGCGUGGCGCGGGCCUGCGGUCCCCACAGCGACACCGCCUGCCAGCCCUGCGGCCCGGGCACCUUCUCCGAGGAGCGGCGCUCCGCCAAGCCCUGCCAGCGCUGCUCCGCCUGCCAGGAGAACGAGGUGGAGAUCCGGCCCUGCCAGCCCAACUCCAACACGCUCUGCAUGGAGAGGAAGCUGCACAUACUGUCCCGCCCUGCUGAAUCUGACGGCGAAGAGGCUAGCCCUACCCCCCGAGGCCCAAAAUUCACCCCCCCGGAGGAAGGAGGGAACAGCAUCAUCCCGGUCUACGUGUCCUUGCUAGCUGCCGUGGUGCUGGGGCUUCUGUUCUACGUCGCCUACAAGUGCUGGACGUCCUGUAAGCAGAAGCAGGCUUUGGGAAAGGCGCGGGCGGGAGAACUGGGCGUGGCCUCUGAGGGAGAGAAACUGCACAGCGACAGCGGGGUGUUCCUGGACUCUCACAGCCUCGGGGACGGCCAGCCCAGCAAAGGUAGCAAGCGGGACAGCAAGCUGGACGGCCGGCUCUACCUGAACGUGCCCCCGCACAGGCAGCAGGAGGUGGAGAGUCUGCUGAAGGAGGGAGAGGGGCGGGGCUGGAGGCAGCUGGCCGCCCAGCUCGGGUACGAGCAGGAGCGGGCGGACGUGUUUGGGCGAGGCGAGGACCCCGUUCACACCCUGCUGUCCCACUGGGCGGGGCAGGAAGGGUCCACACUGGGCGUGCUCUGCUCCGCCCUGACCAGAAUCGAGCGGGUGGACGUGGUCAGUGUGCUCAUGGCUCCCGCCCAGGGCAGCUCUGUGGUCUGAGCCCCAGAAACCCCCCCACUGCCCCGCCCCCCAGAUUGACAGACUAAGGGCUGGGCCUAUGAGCCUGGCCACAGCUGUGGGGGAGGGGCGCCGGACUGCGCCACUCGAACUUCUGAAAGCAGGAACUAUGCCAGCUAUUAAAAAGGAGCCGUUGACCAUCGGUCCAUUCACUCCAGCAUCACCAGUCUUCAGAAGGCAAUGUAAGAACUCGGGGCAUUCCAUUCAAUCGGAGGCCCCGAUUGGUUGGAGGGAUCCCCUUCGUCUGAGAGACACAUCAGCAAAUACAUCCUUCCUUCAAAGCUCUCCUAUUCCUUCAUCUAGUCAAGCCCAUUGAUCCUGCGUCCUUCACAAACAGGUCCUGGACCCAAAAGCAAUAAUGAUCCAAUGGUCAUUCCAAGUCUUCAGCAUUGGUCUGUGCAGACUCGUCUCCUGUUCCUGGUGAAGUCACACGAGGCUGAUCUGUGCGCUUCCACUUUCUCAAUCGCACGGUCUCCUGAGCUGGCCUGCUGAUAUAUGUUGCUCUUUACAAUCACAUUAAUUAUAGCCAGAUUAUUAAAAAUGCUGUCUUUACUUGUCCCCUUACCUACCUGCGGUCCUUGACAGUGCAGACAUGGUCUGAUUGGUGCUCUUUCAUGCAGAACGGCUCAGGUUUAGAGACACCACUUUGUCCCUUUUUUGUCGAUAAGAACGUCCCUUUGUUUCCAACAGCCAGGUUUAUAGCCUGUAGCCUGCCGCUAGACUUGGCCCUCCUCAUGAAGCUGCCUGUUCAGCUGCCAUUAACAGUCACUGCUUUGCAGUGCCUGAAUCAUGUCAGUUAUUCAUUUAAAGGUAACUAAUUAUAAGCAAUUGCAUGUCUGUUCAUGGAGUUGUGCUCAUGGCUGUAGACAUAUUUAUUCAUCAUACUGUUCUCAGCAAAAUGCUAAACAUUUUUUUAAUGUUUACCAGUACAGAGUAAUUUGCCAACUGGUAGCUACUCGCUUUUUACUCGGUAUGGGAAAACAAAUAAUGGACAAAAUUGUUUCUUACAGUUAACACCAUUAUAAAGGUUCAUGUGUAAAAUUUGCCAGAGAUAUUGUAAAUUACAUGUUAAACAUUCUAGAUUGACUUGAGAUGCUACUUGAGAAUCACAAAAUGUAAUUUGUCCUGUUGCCAGCUGAAAGAUUAAUCGUUUCCUGACAUUUUUCAAAAUAUUUCAACAACAAAAGGCUGUACGCUAACAUUAUAGAACAAGGUUCAGUGUAUUGUUUAGCAGCUAACAUUAAGCAUCCUCAUGUGAUUAAUCUUUCUGUUAUGGACUGACACCAAGCUAUAUACACUGCAUGCAGCGGCUCCACGCUGCUUGUUCAGCUUCUGCACUUUUGCUCAACAGCUGAAAGUUCUACUUUAAAAUCACUUCCCUUAAAACCAUUGGACUGCACCAAAAAAAAUUGGUCCCCAUGCAAUUAAUAACUUCUUAAUUACAGUCUGUCAUGUGAGUAUAGCCAUUUGGUCAAAUAGAGCAGCUAUUGAGAUACAAAAAGGAUUUCAGCAGAAUUAGUCUAAAAUCCAGUUGCUCAAAACACCCAUGUCCACAGCCAUGUCUAUAAGAUACCUUAUCUAUCACUAUAUCAUUUUAGUCCUUGUUUCUAAAUGUCUUUGUAUGUUAAUAGGUCUUUUGAAAUAUUUUAUUUCGUGUAAUAAAUGAAUUUUGAAGAA